AUGAGUCAAAGAGGAGAAAAUUUGUAUCCGUGCUCUGAGUGCCAGAAGAUAUUUACUUCUAAGUCCAAUCUCAAUGUUCAUCUGAGGAUUCACACUGGAGAGAGGCCAUAUAAAUGUUCAGAAUGUGACAAAUCCUUCUUAAAAAGGGAUUUUCUUGCUAAACACCUGAGAAUUCACACAGGAGAGAAACCGUUUAAUUGUUUAGAAUGUGGCAAGUGCUUCUCACAUAGUUCUAAUCUUACUCAACACAAGAAGAUUCACACAGGAGAAAAAACAUUUAAAUGCUCAGAAUGUGGCAAGUACUUCUCACAAAAUGGUAAUCUUACUCAACACCAGAAGACUCACACAGGAGAGAAACCAUUUAAGUGUUCAGAAUGUGGAAAGUGCUUCUCAUACAUUUCUGAUCUUACUAAUCACCAGAAGAUUCACACAGGAGAGAAACCAUUUAAAUGCUCAGAAUGUGGCAAGUGCUUCUCACAAAAUGGUAAUCUUACUCAACACCAGAAGAUUCACACAGGAGAGAAACCAUUUAAGUGUUCAGAAUGUGGAAAGUGCUUCUCAUAUAGUUCUGCUCUAACUAAACACCAGAAGAUUCACACAGGAGAGAAACUAUUUAAGUGUUCAGAAUGUGGAAAGUGCUUCUCACAAAAUGGUAAUCUUACUCAACACCAGAAGACUCACACAGGAGAGAAACCAUUUAAGUGUUCAGAAUGUGGAAAGUGCUUCUCAUAUAGUUCUGAUCUUACUAAACACCAGAAGACUCACACAGGAGAGAAACCAUUUAAAUGUUUAGAAUGUGGCAAGUGCUUCUCACAUAGUUCUAAUCUUACUAAACACCAGAGGACUCACACAGGAGAGAAACCAUUUAAAUGUUCAGAAUGUGGCAAGUGCUUCUCAGAUCGUUCUAUACUUACACAACACCAGAGCAUUCACACAGGAGAGAAACCGUUUAAUUGUUUGGAAUGUGGCAAAUGCUUCUCACAAAGUUCUCAUCUUACAACACAUCAGAGAAAUCACAUAGGAGAAAAAACAUUUCAAUGUUCAGAGUGUGAAAUAUGCUUCUCUGAUGGUUCUACACUUAGUAUGCAUAAGAGAAUUCACACAGGAGAAAGUCCAUUCAAAUGUUCAGAAAGUGGCAAAUGCUUUUCAGAUAAUUCUUAUUUUAAUUUUCAUAAAAGGAUUCACAUUGGAGAGAAAUCAUUAAAAUGUUUAGAAUGUGGAAAGAGCUUCUCAGAAGGUUCUAAACUUAAUAUGCAUAAGAGGAUUCACACAGGAGAGAAACCAUUUUAA